AGUACAGUUGUGCAGUUAUUUUCUGUUUGUUCAAAGUCUCUUCCUUUCUUUUUGCAUUCAGCUGUACUGCAUGCCCGCUGCUACUCUCAUGGGUCACAAGAAACAGAUGAAGAAUUUGAUGCUCGCUGGGUGACGUAUUUCAACAAGCCAGAUAUUGAUGCCUGGGAGCUCAGGAAAGGCAUAAACACACUUGUGGGUUAUGACCUGGUUCCGGAACCAAAAAUCAUCGAUGCAGCUCUGAGAGCGUGCAGACGGCUAAAUGACUUUGCCAGUGCUGUCCGCAUCUUAGAAGUUGUAAAGGACAAGGCAGGACCUCACAAGGAAAUCUAUCCUUACGUUAUCCAGGAACUUAGACCAACUUUGAGUGAGCUGGGAAUCUCCACUCCAGAGGAACUGGGCCUGGACAAAGCGUAACUUUAUCGGUGCAUUACUCGAGCAUUUUACUGAUGCUACCUGAUUGUACACAGUCACCUGAAGACACAAAUGUUAAAAUAUUACCUUAUUUGAAAGAACUUACUCCUUUAUUGAGUCACAAUAUAUGUGAUGUGAAGUUGGACCUAAUAAAGGAAAAACUGGUUUGACUGAUGUGG